CUGUAGAUUUACCCACCCAGAUCGAACCACCCGCGCAAACCCGCCGCCCUCUGGAAAUCUGCCGACAGACCAUUGAACGAAACAAAAGUGACACGAUUUAUCCUUGUACAUAGGGGACGUUCAAUCGAGUACCAAGGCUCGCUGCCGUUUGACGACCGUCUCUACGAACUCCCCCGGAAGAAACAAACCGAGCCGCCCGACCUUCCGAAAACGCCGGCGUCCAUUUCGAACUCUUUCCCGAUCCCUCGACCGACCAGACGGCCGAUCCGAACGAGCGGACACACUUCCGCUUCCCAUCGCCUUCCUCUCGUCAAUUGAUGGCCGCGAUGGCGGCUCAGAACCCGACCGGCGGCGCCCCCGAGGGCCUGCCGAUGCCCUCGCGCAACCCGCUCCCCCUCUCGGCCUCCCAGGAGGCGCAGAUCAGAGACAUUUACCACGCGCGCGUGCGAAACGCCUGCGCACCCGAGAUCAAGGCCUUUGCAGACUGCGCCCUAAACCGCACCUUCACCGUCUCCUUCGUCUGCCGCACCCAGCUCCGCGCAAUGAACGGCUGCAUGAAGGCCCACGCCACCCCGCAGGAGCACGACGCCGCGCGCGAGGAGUGGUUUGCCAAGCGCAUGGAGCGGCAAAAGGAGCGCGAGCGCAAAGCCGUGAAGAAGGCGCAGCAGGAGGACUUUAUCCGCGAGUGGUGGGGCCUCCCCGAAAAGGACGCCGAGACGAGGAGGAAGGAGGAAGAGAAGAUGAGGCUGGGCGAGCGCGUGGGCGGGUACGCUGCGCGGGAUCGGAAGAGUGUUGCGGCGGAGGAGAGGCGGUGAUGACUUGAGCACUGGUAUGGGGGAGAAGGUCGUUCGGGGGAGGUGCGCGGAUUUUGGCCGUGUUGCGAAAGAAAAGGGGAAGGGAGAUGCAUUUGUUGGGCGUUCUGGAUUUACGGUUUGGGACACCCUGCUCUAUGGCGCGGCCAUUCGGCUUGUACAAAUACACACACAACAUUUCACACCAUGUAGACUAUAUCAAUCUAAAAAGGGGGGCCGAAGCCUAGAGAUGGCGGUCAUUGUCACAGAUAGCAUAAGAGCCUCAAGUUUU